CUUGUUUCCUCUCUGGUUCAAUUGAGAUCUUCGGUGUUGUUUGUCUUUUUGGCUGUCUUUGUUGAAGAGUUUUUUCUUGUUUUUUCCAUUUUCCGUUCUUACAGAUUUGAGAUUUAAAUGGGUUCCAGGAGCCAUUGGCCAAAUCUGUUCAAAGUGAACCCUUCACCACUGCAGCGUCAAAUCAGCUCAUCUUUAACAAUAUCUACCGAAAAGGCGUCUGCUGUUGAAGGAACAUCGUCAUCUAGGGCAACACGCGAAAACAUCCGAGCAAAGCAGAGAUGGAGUGCCCUUCCAGAACAAAGGGAUAUUUUAGAAGAAAUUUUCAAAUCUGGAAUGCAAAGUCCAGACUUAGAGAAUAUACAGAGAAUCACUAGUUUGCUUCAAGCAUAUGGGCAUGUUGAAGAAUCCAGUAUCUUCUACUGGUUUCAAAAUAGAAAAUCAAGAGAGAAGAGAAAACAACAGUUAAACUCUAAAAGUAGUUCCGCACCCAGCAGUGGAGAAGUUUUACCACCUACAAUGCCUCCACCUCAACAGAUGAAUGCAGUCAGUUGUGAUCGAUGCCGAAACGCCAUGAUAACUGUACCAGCAAUAAUGAAUGACGGCACUAUCGUUCAUACUGAAGGAGGUGACAUGAAUCAGAAUGCUUCUGCAUUAACUGUAUUCAUCAAUGGCAUUCCAUUUGAUGCCUCCAUUUGGCCUAUCAAUGUGAAGGCUCAGUUCGGUGAGAAAGCAGUUCUGCUUAAUUCCUCUGGCCAACGAGUCCCUGUGGAUCAACACGGAUUCAUAUUGAAUGCAUUAGAACACCUAGGCGUGUAUCAUCUGGUCUAUGUCUGAACAGAACAUUUGCUUCAAACCAAAUGAUCUAUGUUUUGGGUUGUUGAUUCCCAGGUUUUCCAUUAAAUAGGCUCUCGGUGCAUACUGCAUAGUCACUCUAUCUUAGGAACUCAUUGCCUGACUUAUAUGCUCGUACAAUGUAGUCUUUCAAUACCUGUCGUUCUGAUGUACAUGAAAUUUGUUAUCAAUUUGGU